AUGGCUGGCAAAGGCAAAGGCAAGAAAAAGGAGAAAAAGGAAAAAGAUGAUGGGGACAAGAAGAAGGGUAAAAAAGGGGGCGGAGGCGGAGGAGGGGGGAAGAAGAAAGGGAAGUCUAAAGGAAGGUGCAAUGUGGACAUGCUCACAGAAGCAGCAAUGGAUAAUGUGUACUACGCGUGUCAUAAUGUGCAAGAAUUGUUGCAGGCCAGAGGGUUCCACCCCCCGGACUUCAAUAAGAAGAAGAAGAAGGGCAAGCGAUAAGAUUUAAACACGUUACUUUCAAUUAUAAAGCCAUUUUGUUCGGUUAUAAUAUUAUUAACAAGUUAGGAUAUAAACAUUUUCUCUCUCUUUGUCUAUAUGCUAUCUUUUCAUAACUGAAUAAAUACUUUGCAAACUCGCACCGCGUAAUAAAAGCCGUGAAGUGUUCAAGAAAACAAAAGUUUUAUUCGCAAUUAAUUAUUUUCGCAAAAGUUUACUAAAGAGGCGAGCUAAGAGGUUUGUGAGGAAAUACUGCUGGCUGUUUUUAAUUUUGAGGAAAUCUGGGCGGCGCUGACACUGACUUGUCAUAAACAUGGAUGAUGGAUAACAGCUGUUAUAUGGCCUAU